CGUCACUUCCGGUUCCGGGUGGCUUCCGGCCAACUGGACGCUGGAUCUUACCGGGAGGAUCUGCUGUUGUCGCCGAGAGAAUCCUGACCCGGCCGCUCGCGCGUGGCCAUGUGGAGGCUGCUGACGCGCGCCCCCGCGCCGCUCCUGCGGGUGCACAUUUCAGAUUCUUGGGCAGCCCUUCCCACCAGUGCUGGUCUGAAAUCCCUCCUCCCGGUGCCAACUUUUGAAGAUGUCUCCAUCCCUGAAAGGUCCAAGCUUAAAUUUGUUGAAAGGGCCCCACUUGUGCCAAAAGUAAGAAGAGAAACUAAAAAUCUGAAGGACAUACGAGGACCUUCAGCUGAAGCCACUGAAUUCACAGAAGGCAAUUUUGCGAUUUUGGCACUGGGAGGUGGGUAUCUCCACUGGGGCCAUUUUGAAAUGAUGCGUCUGACAAUCAACCGCUCUAUGGACGCCAAGAACAUGUUUGCCAUAUGGCGAGUACCAGCCCCUUUCAAGCCCAUCACUCGCAAAGGUGUCGGGCAGCGCAUGGGGGGAGGUAAAGGUGCCAUUGAUCACUAUGUGACACCUGUGAAGACUGGCUGCCUCAUAGUCGAGAUGGGCGGACGCUGUGAGUUUAAAGAGGUCCAGGGUUUCCUGAACCUAGUUGCCCACAAGUUGCCCUUUCCAGCAAAGGCUGUGAGCCGUGAGACUCUAGAAAAGAUGCGCCAAAAUCAAAAAGAAAGAGAGGAGAACAACCAGAAUCCCUGGACCUUUGAGCGCAUAGCCACAGCCAACAUGCUUGGCAUGCGGAAGUUCCUGAGCCCGUAUGACUUGACGCAGAAAGGGCGGUACUGGGGCAAAUUCUACCUGCCUAAGCGUGUGUAGUGAAAGCUCGGGAACCGUGCACACUAACUCUUGAGACUGCGAAUCUGCAUCGUGAGUGUCCUUAGGAUCUUCAGUGGUUCUUGGAUCAUAACUAAGCACAUGAGUAAGUGACUUCUGGAAAGCUGUGCUAUCUGACUGUUUCUAAUUAAAGUUUGAGUGUAACCUCAAGG